UAUUGAUGUAUUUUAUGGUUAUAAGCCGCCUCAAUCCCCCUGGGAGAGGCAGGCUAUAAAUAAAUGUAUUAUUAUUAUUAUUAUCAUUAUCAUUAUUAUAAAUUGUUCAUGGUGGUUGUUUUUUCCUUAGGCCAGGGAUACUCCCAGAGGGGGGCUUCCUCUGAAACACAGCCUACAGCAGCCCCUGGCGUCCCUUGGCCGGUCUCCCCUCCAAGGGCCAGCCAGGGCUGAGCCUGCUUAGUGCCCAAGAGGCCUUGCUAGCCCUGGCUGUGGCUACCUGAGAGGAAGAGCAAUCCCUCCGCCUGAGUGAUGCCGCCUUUCCCUGGCCAGGGACACUCCCUGCAGCCUCUCUGCUGCUGCUUCUGGGCACAACGGAAGGACAGCUCAUCCCUUCCCCCUCCGGAUGGUUUUCCCUCCCUCCCCGUUAUUUAUACCGGUCUGACUUCGGAUUGUUGCAGGAGGGGGGAGAGAAUUUGGAAGGGAGCCGGCUCUCUUUGGCUUCAGCGCUUUGGAUGGGAGGAAGAGGAGGAGGAGGAGGCCUUGGCCUUGGAGAGCUCCCUGCUCGCCUUCCCAUCUUUGGAAGCCCAGGCUUGCCUUGCCUUUGCAGAGAUUUCUAAAAAUGGUGGAGGAUCAGGUGGCAGAAAAUGAAGAGACAGCACCUUCUGCUAGCAUGAACAAGGAUGGCAUUCCUAUGCAUCAAGCCAUUCAGGAAGCAAAUGUUUUGGACUCGAAGGCUGUUGAUGGUAAUAUACAAACUGAAGAAACAGCUCUGCUGAGCAGCUAUAGACAACAACCUCAAGAACCUCUGGCUGAGUCAACAACACUGGGGAAAAUGAAGCAAAUCUGUGCUUGUCCGCCACAAGGCAUACUUGCCAAAAUUGUCACAUAUGGGACUGCAGUAGUUCUGGUCUGGGCAGUAAUCUGGUCUAUUACAGGCGCUGAGUGUCUUCCGGGUGGGAAUCUCUUUGGAAUUUUGUUCCUCUUCUUUUUUGCUGUAAUUGGUGGUAAACUUAUGGGUCUAAUUAAAUUACCUGGUUUGCCUCCCUUCCCUCCUCUUCUUGGGAUGCUGCUUGUUGGAUUUCUCCUCAGAAAUAUCCCAUACGUCACUGACAUAGUCCAAAUUAAUGUGAAAUGGGGAGCAGCCUUGAGGAACAUUGCCCUCUCAGUUAUCUUGGUCCGUGCUGGCCUUGGCCUUGACCCAAAGGCUCUAAAAAAAUUAAAGGCCGUCUGUUUAAGAUUGAGCAUUGGACCCUGCCUCACUGAGGCAUGUACAGCAGCCGUUAUGUCUCACUUCCUUAUAAAUCUGCCUUGGCAAUGGGGCUUUAUGUUAGGAUUUGUUCUAGGGGCAGUGUCUCCUGCUGUUGUGGUCCCUUCAAUGUUGGUUUUACAAGGAGGAGGAUAUGGUGUUGACAAGGGUGUCCCAACCUUGCUAAUGGCUGCUGGAAGUUUUGAUGACAUCCUGGCCAUCACAGGUUUCAAUACCUGCUUAGGGAUAGCCUUCUCUUCAGGCUCCACUCUAGAUAAUAUCCUCCAUGGUAUACUGGAAGUUGCAGUUGGUAUAGCAGCUGGUGGCCUUUUAGGAAUUUUUCUUCGCUACUUUCCAAGCAAGGAUCAGGAAUCGUUUGUAUGGAAGAGAGCAUUCUUUGUGUUGGGUCUGUCUAUGUUUGCUAUCUUUGGCAGCAAUUAUUUUGGUUUCCCUGGAACUGGAGGACUCUGCACAAUCGUCUUAGCAUUUCUGGCUGGAGUAGCAUGGUCUAAUAAUAAAAAAGAGGUAGAAAAAAUUAUUGCAGUUGCCUGGGACAUUUUCCAACCUUUUCUCUUCGGUUUAAUUGGAGCUGAAAUAUCUGUUGCAUCUCUUAAGCCUGAAACUGUUGGACUUUGUGUGGCCACACUAUUUGUUGGACUGACAACCCGAAUUACAGCCACAUUCCUCUUGGUGUGUUUUGCUGGCUUUAAUAUCAAGGAGAAAAUAUUUAUUUCUUUGGCAUGGAUCCCCAAAGCAACUGUCCAGGCUGCAAUUGGUUCUGUUGCUCUAGAUACAGCACGAAUGCACCAAGAUGAAGUAUUAGAAAAAUAUGGCAUGGAUGUCUUGACAAUAGCUUUCUUGGCAAUUCUGAUCACAGCUCCUAUUGGAGCUCUAAUAAUUGGCCUAGCAGGGCCCCAACUUCUCCACAAAACAACUGGGGCAAAUGGUGAAGAAGAUAAUGGACAAGCAGCAGGAGAAGAAAUGGCAACACAUGGGUCAGUAUAGGAAAGUAUUAAGCAUGAUCCCUUCUCCUUAUCACAUUAAAGUGAUAGUCAGAACCUUUUAGAAAUAAACAUACCCAAUGGUGGUGUGCAGAAGUCCAAAGGCCUUUGAAAUUCAUGGUAGAUCCAUGUAGACCAUACAUCUAUAUGGUAGAUCGUGUCUGCAUGGUAGACACAUGCAGAUCCUGUUAAAAAGAAAGAUACUGAUAGAAAAAUAUGGUUGCAUUAAAUCAGCAUACAACUUCAUAUUGAUAUUGGAAUCCUAAAUAGUAGCUGUCCCAAGUAAAAUUUCUAAGUCGGAUAUACAGGUUAUCAGCUAGAAUAAAGUUAGUGGUCUGACUGGGGAGAUGCAAAUGCCAACUAGCAGGAGAACCUGAUGCAUUUGACAUGGCUCCCAAGACAAAGGUCUUGGAACAAAAAGAUAUACAAGAUCAAGACUGGAAGAAAAUAACCAUGAAUGUAAUCAUGGAUCAUGGAGUGGAUCAUGAAUGUGAUCAUAGAACACCUCAUAAAAUCCCAGCUCAUUGCUUUUUAACAGACCAAGGCAGGAUGUGGUGACAAUGGACAAACUGGCAUUUCUUUUCUUUAAAACAGAAAGGAGCCCAAAAAGCAAUUGUAACUAGGGCUUUUACCCAAUUAAAAUGCCCAUACAGUGCAAACCUUAUCCAUGUCUAUUCAGAAGUAAAUACAACUCAGUUAAAUGGGACUUACCCUCAGGUAAGUAUUUCUAGGAUUGCAGCCUCAAUUAUGGUUGAUAAUCUGCAUUUAUUUUAUUUUAAAAAUAUUUUAAUGAUACUGGGCUUCAAGCAUUUUCUUAGAAAAGGAAUAGCCCUGUUUCUCAGACACAGUGCCUCUUACUUGCUGUCGGGACCUUUUAUAAGUAUUUGUAAUAAAAAACAAAAAACUUCUGUCUGAUGAAUCAUGAAUAUUUUUGUUAUUAUUGUGUAAAAUUAGAACAUUCUGAGAUGGUCAUGUCAGUAGUACUGAUAACAUGUCUAGCUAAAAAUGAAAGGAGGCCAAUGUGCCAACAUUUCAUAAUAGAUUAAAUGAUCCAGGGUGAUCAGAAACUAAAUGUUCAAAUGUUUUGGACUUAAACGCACAUAAUUCCUGAUUAUUGACUAUGUGGAUUACAGUUGACUAUGUGGAUUACAGUUGGAGGAACAAAACAUCUAGAGAUCUGCUCCCUCAUAGGCUAGAAUAUGGGAUAUAGGAAAUAUGAAUAAGUAUACUAUGUUUAAGAGCAAGACAGACUCCAACCAAAUAGUUUUAUUUAUUUGCAGGAAAGGCAUGGACAGUAUAAUUUUGAGCCCCAUAUAUUGUUUGAAUGGGGAAGUAC